CCGUGUACAAAAAACAGCUACCCAGAGGAAAGCGAAUCGACGUUGCUGUUUGGAAAAAUACACGAUAAGUUUUUUUUUUCUUUGAAACGUUUGAGUUGUUAGCAUUAGUCCCUCGUGUUUCAGCGGUAUAAACGCGUUUGUUUAUGGAGGACUCGCUGGACGAUAAGACUGGAGCCGCAGGAGGAAGUGAAGGACCUGCAGCUUCUGAUGAAGCCAUCUCAUUCCUGUCCUCCUUUGAAGCUGCAGAGCUGCAGAAGUGUGUGUUCUCAGAGACUCUGGGGACGGUGUCAGAGAGCGGCAGGGACCUGGGGCAGUUCAGUGUGACUMUGGAGUUUGCCAGCAGAGUCCAGCAGCCCUGCAUGCUGCUGCGUGCUCAAAGCCACGGGGUUAUUGAUGGCUGRCCCUGUGGGACAACAGUGACAGCUUAUCUAAGUGCUGAACUGGAGGUGCUGGAGGAGGACCACCAAGAGUAUGUGAAGGAAAAGACAGAAGAGAACGUCUCUUAUCCCAUGUCCGUCCUGAGAGGACUGGUCAGCGAGGGCUCCAGCCUGCUGCUGAUGCGUCUGAUGGCUUUGAGGAAGAAGGUUCCAGAGAACAUGACCUUUAUCUCCUUGGACCAGCAGCUACACAUCAACCACUCCACGUUUAGUGAACUGGGUGUGAAGCAGCUACAGGCUGGUGAGAAGUUGCUGGAAGUGUUUGGGGUUCAGAGGACUGUUAACUCUGUGGAGGACAGCCCGGCAACCUGGCAGUGCUACUUCCUCAAUGACGGACACUUGGCCAGCAGAGCACAGCUGGGAUCACCAGUCACCAUCAAGCUUCUGCAGCAGCCAUCGAAACCAGAGAAAGAGAAGCUGCCUCUUGAUUGGAAAGAAGACAUGCAAACACAAUCUGAAUUCUUGGACAGAAAGGAGGAACUAAAGGCAGACCAUGCGUCCUACCUGAAGGAGCACCCAGAGGUCCGAGCCCUCCUUUCUGACUUCAUGCAGUUCCUGCUGCUGAGAAAACCAGAUGAUAUCUUUCAGUUUGCAAGAGAAUACUUCAGUCUGUUUGCCUCCCGUCAUCCUCCAGAARCAAAUGUGACAGUCCAGUCAUCCUGAAAACACUCCAAACAGCACACCAUCCUGUCCUGAAAACUGUCAUUUUACAAGUUUUAUUUAUUUGUUCAUAAUAUAUCACAUUAAAAAACAUAUUAGGAAA